AUGGCUACUUGUGCCAUUCCAAGGAGCCAUGGGCCAUCGAUCCUCAUAGAACAAGUAAAAUCAUGCAUUGAUCAGUGCAUUCAAGGCCCCUUAAGUGUUAGACUCAGAAAAGUCCUCAAUGAUGCGUUUGGUGAAGAAGGACGCGGUGCAACAAGAUUGCUGGCUGGCCAGAUGGAAAUGUACCAGCAGCAGCAUGAAGAACUGCUUCGUGCAUGGCACAUCACAAUCAAUCAGAUGCUCUCAGAGGGACUACUAACUCGCACUGUCUUACCAGACCGGUGGUUUGCCUUGAUUGAAUUCCUUGAAUCAGAUAUAUAUAAUGAGGUCAAUGAAUCAGGUGCGGCGGACUUCAUUUUAGAGGAAUUGGUGCUUGAUGAACAAGACUCAGAUGGUGAAUCAGCUGGAAAUUCCCACACCGAUCAAUUAUUACCUGUCGAUGAGGAUGACGAACAGCCUUAA